AGAAAGGAUCAAUGGAGCAGCAAUGGCUACCACUGUUCACCAUCUUCCUCAACUCCCCGUCUCCAGAGAACGAAGCCUCUCUCUGGUUCCAACAAGGCCUUCAACUCCAUCCCUCUCCUUCCUCCUUCCUCUCUCUUCUCCUGUCUCCUCCUUCUCGCUCUCCCAAUUCCAUCUUCUUCCUCACCCUUCCCUCGUUCGUCCAAGCUCGCAUUCUGUCCUUCUUCGCCUACGACCGCCGCCGCUUCUCUCCUAGUAUCCUCCGCAUUCUCGCUGGAAACGUUGUUCGCUCUUCUGGCUCUGACUUUUGGGUCCUCCGCUCUGCCCGCAACCUGCUCGAUGUUUUGCCUCUUGAUGAUUGCCAGAGUUUAGAGCCAUCACGAGAGGUAGAAGCCGAAGAAUGUGGUGAUGUGUUUUAUUCUCUGCCGCAUUGGCUCUGUGAUCAUGCGGCAUCCACCACUCCACUUCUCCCAUGGCUUCCUCUCUCUCGUGAGCAUUAUCACAGUAGCCUUCAGGUCAAAGGUCGAACCUUUCGGAAUAAUGCUCCUAGGAACAUGGAUUUCUGGCCUGAAUCAGUGGGAAACAACCAAGAUGACGAGAUAGAGAUAUCAUCUCCUUCUCUCGAUGUUCUGGGUCGAGAAAAGGCGGCAGCUUUAAAAGGGGGAAUUUUAGCUCUUGAUUCCACGGCCAAAGCAAUGCACAUUGCUGGAGAAAUCAGGAAACUUUGCGUGGAUUAUGGAACCAAUAACAGGUCUGCUAUCCUUAGUUUGAUUGAGCCUUGGAAGGCAGAUGAUGAGACUUUAUCUGUUCUCUUAUUCAGUCUAUCAAAUGAGAAUGACACUAGCGCAACCAGCUGGUCUGCCCAUUUGCUAUGUUCUUUUGUGCUUCCCAAAUAUCUAGUUUUGAAUUCCCCGGCUUCACGGGUGCUCUUGUCGGUGACAAUAGGAUUCUGUAAACUCCAUCCCACUGCUGCAGUUGACGCAUUCCUUUUCCCUUUAACUCUUCGAAAGGAAGGGAUAAAUGUUGUCCUCUGUGAUGUGCUUUCAAGGAUCAUCAGAGAAUGCUUGCACCCAUCUCAUGUCUCAGCGUUCUGCCAAAGGUUGGUAUGUGCAGAAGAAGAUGAUGAUAAGGAAUGCAUUUGCUUGCCUUGCCAUCGAGAUUGUAUGUCGAAUGAAUUGGUCUGGACAGAGUCUCUGUUUGUGCUGUUUCAGCACAUUCUGAACUUCGAUGUAUGGCUGACACCGGACACUGUGGAUAAGCUUGUCUCUGUUAUUUCUGAGAAGGCUGAUAAAUUUUCUAACUCGCUCAAGUUUGGAAACUUUUUGUUAUGCUUCGUGAUGAAAUGUGGGAAUAUUUCAAAAAUGCAUAAGGAUUCACUGGAGAAGGCAGUUAAUCAUACUGAUACUUUUGUGACAAAGUCUAUAUUGUCAAAAUUGAGGGAUCUGUAAGUUGCGAAGUUAUUUGACAUCUUUUUUCUGAGGUGUCAUUUUGUUAUCUUUUCUAUUUAUAGAUGAAUGUUGAAUUUGUUGCUUACCUUGCCUCUUAUGAUUUUGUUUGCUUGAUGUGAUCCAACCCAUCCUGCAUAAAUGCACAAACUAAAUUUUAGAAGAAUGAGAAUGUGUUUAGAUAGUGGUCUGUGCCACUUUCAAUUUCUCGAAAACAAUGAGGGAAGUUUCUUGCUAAAUGUAUGGCAGUAGCAGGUUAAACUUUGGCACAAGAGCAUUGUGGGACUGUUGGUUUAGUGCUGGUGGAUAUGAAUUACUUGUGGAUUUGCUAUACGAGAAUGAAUAUAUAUAUUGGUACAGUAGUAAUAGGAUGGGUAAGUCACCGAGAAAGUGGACUCCCU